ACUUUAAUACAUUUUUGUGAUAUACCUGGGCUUGGGUUAACCGCAUGUAGAACCAUGUCACUUCAGCUUCAACUAUUUAGGACAUUUAGUCAUAUUUUUGUUGAAAUGUUUAACAUUGGAAGGUGAUCCAUGAUUGCAGGCAAAGAGUCGUACCAACAAAGAUGGACUUCCCCAGCGUGACUGGCGAUGGUCUAUACCCAGGAGCCAAGCUUCACUCACCAUCCAGCUGCUACAAGGUGCUCUCUGUUCUGGGCGAGGGCACCUUUGGCAAAGUGGCAAAAUGCCACAAGUUGGACAACAACAAGACAGUAGCGCUGAAAAUGAUCAGGAAUCAAGGGAACUUUGCCGUUCAGGCGAGGUUUGAGAUUGAGGCGCUACAGAAAAUCCAAGUGUUGGAAAACUCCAAACACCACUUAGUUCAGUGGAACAGCACAUUCUGUGACAUGGGUUAUAUUUGUCUUGAAUUCGAAUACCUGGACAAAAGUCUUUUCGACUUCAUGAAGGAGCGACAUUUCAAGCCUCUUCAAGUGAAAGAGAUCCGACCCAUCGUCCAUCAGCUCGCUAGGGCUCUCGAACACUUGCAGGCUGCAUGUAUGAUUCACGGCGACCUCAAGUUGGAGAACAUCAUGUUCAUCAACCAUCAACAGCAGCCCUAUCGGGUCAAAGUCAUUGACUUUGGCUUGACCCAUGAAAUCUCAGACGCCAGACAGGGCUCUUACAUUCAGAGUCGUCCGUAUCGGUCUCCAGAGAUUUUGGUGGGGGCGCCGUACAACGAGGCGAUAGAUAUGUGGUCUGUGGGAUGUGUGACUGCUUUCUUGUACACGGGUACGCUGAUAUUCCCUGGAAAGAACAACUACGAAAUGAUACGAUAUAUCACGGAGACUCAAGGUCCGUUUCCAGAUAGUCUUCUGGCUUCUGGCAAAAAUACUGGACAAUUUUUCCACAGGGAAAACGAAACCAGUCUCUGGAGCAUUAAGACAAUGGAAAAGUACCAACAAGAGACGGGAAUAGUGGUCAAGACAGUCAGAAGGCUUAAGUUAAGCUCUCUUGAUCACCUCCUUCAACUCCAGCAGUUCCAGUGGUGUCUCACAAAGCACCCCUCGGAACAGGUUGUGUAUUCAGCCGACAUGCAGAUGUUUGUGGACAUGCUGAAGGGAAUGUUCCACCUCGAUGCAUCCCAGCGGAUGACGCCUCGUCAGGUGCUGGAUCAUCACUUCAUCAGCAUGAGCCACCUAUGGCCUCAUUUUGCCGUCAGCCCUCACGUCAGGUUUUGCUGCGGGAUAAUGGCGGUCUGUGAGAGCAAAGUACCUCAUGGCAGGAAGUCUGGAGCUUUGCAGCAGAAGACAUCAAAGAUGACACACUCCGUCCUGCCCUGCCUUCCCUCGGAGAAGGUUAACAAAAAAACUGGUCCUUGCAGGAUCAAGAACAGAGUCCAGUCAAGACAGAAGAAGAAACCUAAGCCCGGCGUGGUUGAACAACCGAAUAAUUUCCACAAAAAGCUAAAGACAGAAGCUCAGCACAGUUGCAUGUCCGACCACCUCUACGUCAAGUCUCUGGUUGACUCCACGCAACCUGCCCAAGUUCCUGGUAGGAGCAGCUUAAGUCAGUCCAAGCUCUCCAAGAAUACAAAGCAGUGUCCAGAUCUUCAUGUAAAAAAGGAGCCAAGGGUGUCGCUAAGGAAGGUCAAAAAGAAGCCUCAGGAAGAAGGACAGAACUGAAUCCCAACAACAGAUGAGGGUUAAGGAGCGUAAAAACGAUGAAUGGACCAUCAGGAUCUCUCGACAUUGGGGUAGGAUUUCAUAAAUAAAGGCCUACAAUGGUUGGGUUGUUAAUAUUAGGACUUCAUCAAUCAAAAUUUGUUCUCAAUCAGAAAUCACUCCACACUCUUUAUUAUUGCUCUCUGGUUCUACCAUAUCUUACUUAUUGUGUGGAAAUAUGGGCUAAUAACUAUAAAAGCAAUCUUCACUCACUAAAUGUACUGCAAAAAAAGGUCAGUAAGGAUAAUUCAUAAUGCCGCCUACAGAGAACAUACUAACUCCUUAUUUCUAAAAUCAAGAAAACUUGCUGAUAUAGUUCAUCUUCAAACAGCUAAAAUAAUGCAUAAGGCAAAAAAUAACCAAUUACCUAAAAAUGUCAUCCAAUACUUCUCUACAAGAGAGGAGAAAAAUGAUCUCAGGGAAGAACUACAUUUGAAACACUUAUAUGCUAGGACUACGUUAAAAAGCCAUAGCAUUUCAGUAUGUGGAAUCAAACUAUGGAAUGGAUUGAGUAAGGAACUCAAACAAUGCACAACGAUGCGCCAAUUCAAGAAACAAUACAAGC